UUGCUCUUAAAUUUUUUUCUUCCUCAAGCACUCUUCAUGAUUUAGCACAUAUUGACCAAAACAACCAAUCUAAGAAAAUUUUGAUUUGAGAAAGAUAACAGAGUUCAAAAGAAGAGGAAGCCACUCAGUCUCAAUCUUGUUCACUAGCAAUUUCCUGGAAAUUACGAAGGAAAUUAGUUGCAACUGUGACAUUAAUUCGUGUUUGUCUUAGUCAACCAAGUCAUGAAUCAUGGUGAGAAAACAAUCAGUACUUUUUUGUGAAGAGAAGAAAAUCACUAUAGUUAAUUGUGGAAAUUAGUUAUAUAUAUCUUAGAGAGACUUAACUGCUUCUAUGUUUUCAGGCUACGAUCGUCUCAGGCUUAUAUAUACUCCGGUCCAAAGGGAAAAGUAUCACGUUGUUUGAAAAUAAAAUGUUUUGAUGACUCUUCAUUAGAAAAGGGGCUACUAGAGUGUACAAACCUGAACAAGAGAGAAAGAAAGAUAGGGGGGAGAUAGGUGAGUAUUCUUUGAUGUCAAGGUUGGGAUUGGGGUUUAUAAACAUUUUUGAAAGUCAUUAAAGUUGGCUUCUCAGUUGAAAAAGGUUAUUUUUUUGUCAAAUUUUAUUGAUAACCUAAAACCAGAUACAUAUGAUCGAAACAAAUUAGUUGGUGAUUCCACUACUUUCAUCUCAAUAACACAAGCUGGCAGUUGAUUGAGUACAAUCUCAAAACAAAAGCUGAUGGCCUAACUAUUAUAAUCCCGAAAAGAAAAGAAAAAAACUAUUACAAUCCCGGAAUCAAACACGCAAAAUACUUACACGACAACCUUAACUAGACAAGGCAAAAGCCGAUCGAACAACAUUGACUAGCUUAAGAAAUAACAGUCAAAACAGUUAUCUAAGCAUAUUCUUGCACGAAAAGGUUAAGCAUAGAAAAAUGAUCUUGUCCCCAAGUUUGCCGUAAAAGAAAAACAUGACAAUUUGUAAAUUUCUGAAACUAGUAUUUUUAAAACUGAAAUGUAUCACACGGUAAGACACGAUGAAAGCGAGACGUGAUAUCCCUAUUAACAAUGAUGAUACCUUUCAUAUGUCAAGAAUAAAUACACUUAAAUCAUAAAAAUAGAAAACUGAUCAAACUUUCCUUCAAAUAUGUCCAAAAGUACAACUCCCAUGAAAUGGUGCAGCACAAGAAAUUUCCCACUCAACUUUUACUUAUUCAUUUCUUAGACAAAGUUUCUUUGUGAGUUUCCUCUUUUCUAGUCACUUCUUACAGCUGCACCUUCCUCACUUCAUGCAUUUAUAUAUAACACUCAUAUCUCCCACAUCUCCUUCACACACAUUUCAUUUCAUUUUCAUUUGCUAAGUUUUUAGUUUCGGAACAUAACCAAACUUAUGACUGUAAACCACUUAUACUGUCUUAUAACCAUGGAAAAGAGUUCCUUGUCCCAAAGCCAACACUCUUCUGCUUUCCCUUUGUUUGGUCUGGUGGAUACCUUCCUCAACGUGUUUUUCAGAUGGGUUUCUUUCGCUCAGAUCCUUUUCUCCAGGUGUUGCCCACUUCUUCAACACCAACAAUAUGUUUCCGAGAAGAAGAGCAAAAAUCUCGAGGUUCAGAGCUCAAUCUCACACGACGAUGGUCUUUGCAUAGAAGAUGCAGAGAUGGUGAUGCAAAGCUUAGGACUUAUCACCGACCCAGAAAGCUUAGGACUUCAGAAACGUUACACUGCCAAGGAGCUUUCGAAUCUGUUUGAAGAGAAAGAGCCGAGCUUGGAGGAAGUGAAGCAAGCUUUUGAUGUCUUUGAUGAAAACAGAGAUGGGUUUCUUGAUCCAGUAGAUUUACAGAGAGUUUUGACAAUCCUUGGCUUAAAGCAAGGAUCUAACCUUGAUAACUGCAGGAGAAUGAUCAGCUCGUUUGACGGAAACAAAGAUGGAAGAAUCGAUUUCCAUGGAUUUGUGAAGUUCAUGGAAAACAAUCUCUGCUAAAAUUAUAGUUUCUGAAGUAACAAAUCUAUUCACUUC